GUACAGUACUGGCCUAGGAGGACCAAUAUUCAGACUCUGUCUCUUUGUUCUGUAAAUACAUCAGGAACAUGAAAUCAGCCAGGCAGUAAGACCUUUAGGCAAACCAAGGUGUACAGAAGAAGCACAAGCCACUAUUUUAUCUGUCCCCACUGCAGAGGAUGUUGAAUUGGCCGUGUCUGAGGCAUUGUUUUGGGAAAGGAUAUCUUGGUUUUUCUGGGGGAAUAAUUUAGCCUACAUGUGCUUCUGUACUUCUUGGAAGAAUGACAGAUGACAAAGAUGUACUUAGAGAUGUUUGGUUUGGGCGAAUACCAACUUGUUUUACCCUAUAUCAGGACGAGAUUACCGAAAGGGAAGCUGAACCUUACUAUCUGCUUUUACCCAGAAUAAGUUACCUGACACUGGUAACGGACAAAGUGAAAAAACAUUUUCAGAAGGUUAUGAGACAAGAGGAUAUUGUAGAAAUAUGGUUCGAAUAUGAAGGCACACCACUAAAAUGGCAUUAUCCUAUUGGUUUGCUUUUUGACCUUCAUGCUUCAAAUACAGCCCUUCCAUGGAACAUAACAGUACAUUUUAAGAACUUUCCAGAAAAAGAUCUUUUACACUGUCCCUCAAAGGACGCAAUUGAAGCCCACUUCAUGGCUUGUAUAAAAGAAGCAGAUGCCUUGAAACAUAAGAGUCAAGUUAUCAAUGAGAUGCAAAAAAAGGAUCAUAAGCAACUUUGGAUGGGAUUACAGAAUGACAAAUUUGAUCAAUUUUGGGCUAUAAACCGAAAACUCAUGGAGUACCCUCCAGAAGAUAGUGGAUUUCGCUACAUCCCAUUUAGAAUAUAUCAGACCACAACUGAGCGACCUUUUAUACAGAAGUUGUUUCGUCCUGUCGCUGUAGAUGGACAGUUUCAUACACUGGGAGAUCUCCUAAAAGAAGUUUGCCCUGCUGCAAUUAAUCCUGAAGAUGGUGAAAAGAAGAACCAAGUGGUGAUUCAUGGCAUAGAACCGAUGUUGGAAACGCCAGUACAGUGGCUAAGUGAACAUAUGAGUUAUCCUGAUAAUUUUCUUCACAUCAGUGUUAUCCCACAACCUGCAGAUUGAAGUGUCAACUGGUAUGCAUGAGGAUCAGCCUUUGAUUGGAGCAACAAAGUCAACUUCAAGUUGUGUCAGGCUUGAUGAGGGUGACAUGACCAAAAACUUUUGCUGCUGCAAGCCAAACAGGAAGAAAGAUCCAUCAUGUGAUAAGAGGAAUUGGACAGGCUAUAUUUUGCAUCACCCGUGUUUUCUCCACUGCUGUCAUUUAACUUCAGCUGUGACAUGAGAAACUUUAUAAGGCUGCUGUAAGACUUCUGUUUUCUUGUUAAAAAAUUGAAGCUGAAAGCAUGGGGAAUAAGUGGAAAUAAGUGCCACUUUGUAUUUCUUAAUAAUAAAUAAACAGGGGUAUUUUCUAAUGUUGCAAUGGCUUGUCUUUACAGGGAAAACACUGUUUUAUUCUAGAGAAGUAUGCAAACAGUUGUAUAAAUAAUCACUUGCAGGAACCCAUUAUAAAAAGAUGAAACUAAGCUAAACUCCUUACUUUGGAGUAAUGUCUCUUAAAUUUUAUACUAGGAAAUUGAUUUUUUAAAAUAAUCAUCACAGUAUGUUUUGUAUUUCACAAAUUAUAUUCUGAUCAUAUUACUUGAAAUGAAGUCUUGGUGACUGCAGUAUAUGACAAAGUUUCAAGUAAUAUAUGAUUGGACUCUGUUGCAUAAUUUAUAUGGAGAUGGCCACUGCAUAUACUGAAAUGUAUGCCUUAUUCAAGCAAGUCCUAAGUCAGAAAAUAGUAUAAGAAAGCUUUAUUAGAAUAUAUUCUUAAAAAGACAAACAAAUAUAUUGACUCUUGUGAACAGCAGCAUGCUCCAUGUAAAGAUCUCCCUCAUGCCAGAUUAUCUGCACAGAUUGGAGGAUUUAGGGGGAUGGGUCUUAAAUUUUGUCUCAAGCGCCCAAAGAAUGAUUGAAGCAAAACCUCAACUGCUGGAAGCAGUGUUGUGCCACUUCCUAGCACUACUUUUCUGCUUUGUGGCAGCUCCAGCAAAGUAGUUCUGUGUAAUUGUCAUAAAACAAGAGAAAAUGAUACUGUGAUACUAGACUUGCCCUGCAUAAGUUAAGAGUUGAUAAUGCAGAGUUGGCUCUAGAGGAUGAAAGGAUCUGGCAUUUUUUUGCUAAGACAGUGCUGCUGUCUAAUUCUUAAGGUUGAAGGCACUAUAAGAAAAGUUUUGCUCCGUGAAUCCUGCCCUCUUCCUGGCUAAGGAAGGUUUCUUCACCAAGGAUUCCAGCUGGAGCCCAUGCAGGGGAGAAAUGGAAAGGCCUUGGAAGGAAAAAUAGAAUUUAAUAAAACCAAAAAGAAAGAAAUACAAAGAAAAAUGGGUAGAUGAACUGAUGUAUUUUACAAGAAGGAAAACGAAGACUACAAAGGAGGAUUCUACUUAACACUAAUCUAACAGGAAACAAUCUAACAGGAAAUAUGGGGUUAUUUUACAACUAAAUCAUUUUUUAAAGUAUGCCUGUAAAGCAUCUUUACAAAAUGCUGAAAAGACUGGAGUUUCCUUCACACUGUUUUGCCUUGAACUUGUCCAAGCAUCCUUAAGAAAGAUGUGAUACUUAGGGAGAUAGGAAGAAAUUUUUGGUGUAAAGCAAGGCUGUGAAACCUGUGGCCUUCUAUAUAGUAAUGGGUCUCAGUUUCCAUCAGCCCCAGCUAGCAUGGCCCCCGGUCAGGUAUAGUGGGAGUUAGUCCAACAACACUCAAAGGGCCACAGGUUCCUCAACUCUGUCAAUAGUGGUCUAAUGUCUUUAAUCUCCUUUAGUAAAAUAAGCAACAAUCAGUGAAAGCUAGUUUGGUGUUACUCUGCUGAGAGAAGGAUUUGCUGACAGGGGAAUGGGGAAGGAGACAGUUAGUGGCAGUGCCUCCCAUGUCUGUCCUGGUGAACCCCUAAGCCUUCAGGACAAAUUUGGUGAUGAUAGGGAACUGCAAAGUUGAGAAUCAAUAAUAAAGGCCUCUCUCCCUGUUCUACUGGUGGAUGCCUUUUGUCAGCAAAGUGACCCCAACUGGAUUCCACUCAAUAAGUUGCAUUUUUGGCAAUGCCAAUUUUAUACUAAGCUCUUACAUAACUGUUUUGCCCUACUCUGGACCAGCCUUCUAAACAUGUCUUUUUACCUAAGGCCUUUAAGCUGUAACUUGAGUGUACAAAGCUUUCAAUGAAAUAAUGACAACUAAACUUUCCCUUUUUUUGUACCAGUGUUACUUCUUUUUUAACCCUUUCAAUGGCAAAUAUUAAGAAUUAGUAUUUUGUCAAAUAAAAUUUCAGUUCAACA